UAUACAAUUUAUUGACAUUUGACGGUGCGGUGACGGUGACGCACUUGAAAAAAAUAAUAAUAGAAUAAUACAUAUUUUGUGUUUUUAAAUAUUACAAAAAGCCAACAAUAUAAUUUUGUUAGACACAGUCAUAUAAUCUAUAGAGUAAUGGGGCAGACCCUAUCAGAGCCGGUGACAGAGAAGCAGUCAUCAACAUGUCAGGACUCUCGCUACCUCGUCGGCUCAUCGUGCAUGCAAGGCUGGAGAGUUUCCAUGGACGACUCUCAUACACAGAUAUUGUCAUUACCCGAUGACCCUGGCACGGCUUUCUUUGCGGUUUAUGAUGGACAUGGGGGUUCAAAUAUAGCAGAAUAUGCUGGCAAACAUCUGCACAAGUUUAUCACAGCGCGGCCAGAGUAUCAUCUUGGUAACAUUGAGGAGGCAUUGAAACAGGGUUUCCUAGAUUUGGACCAAGCGAUGUUAGAAGAGGACAUGCAAGAGAAGGUGGCGGGCAGCACUGCAGUGGUGGUGCUCAUAAAGGACAACACGCUCUAUUGCUCCAAUGUAGGCGACUCGCGCGCCAUUGCUAGCGUCAGGGGUGCAGUGGAAGUAUUAUCCUACGACCACAAACCCAACAAUGAGGAGGAGCUACGCAGGAUCACGGCAGGCGGGGGCUGGGUUCAACUGAACAGGGUCAAUGGCAACUUGGCGCUCUCCCGCGCGCUGGGUGAUUACAUCUUCAAGAGGAACUAUAGACUGUCGCCGAGGGAACAAAUUGUCACAGCAUAUCCAGAUGUACAAGUACGGCAGCUGACUGAGGACUGGGAGUUUAUUGUAAUCGCCUGCGACGGUAUAUGGGAAGUGUUAUCUAAUGAGGAAGUGCUAUCAUUCUGCCGAGUCCGGUUACUGAGCGGCUGGGAGCCAGCGGCAGUGUGCGAAGCGCUGAUGCAGCUAUGCUUGGCUCCCAACUGCGCCACGGGCGGACUCGGCUGCGACAACAUGACCGUACUGCUCGUGUGUCUGUCACCAUUCCCGAGGGUCGAUAUGAUGAAACCUCUUGACGAGACGACAUUGAAUAACAAGUUCAUGACCAAAAUGGAGGACUUACUCUACGUAGAGGAAGAAGACGCAGAUUUGAAAUAAAAAACCGCAUAACGCGUCUGUAAAUAUUUGUACAAAUGAGUAAUAUAUGUUGUAAAGUAUCAAAAAGUGAAAAUGAGGGUAGCUUAAAAAAAUUAUGUCGAUACUGAAAACGUCGGUUGGUAUAUUUUGUCUAUUUGGCUUAAAAUGUAGUGGUAAGGUGUACAGACAAAGCGUUGGUGUAAAAUCUGAAAGACUGAUCUUUAAUGCAGGCUACAGACGUUCAGUUUUAAGUGUACAGUUUUAUAUAACCGAAAUUGUAGUAAUAACUGUACCAGUUCUUAGUUUUGCCUACACACGUUUUAAUUGAAUAGUUCGACUGUACUGUUAAAACUGUAGGAACUGAACUGACAUACCUUCAGUUUUAAUUGAACAGUCAAACUGUACAGUUAAAACUGAAGGUCUGUAGCCCGCAUUACAGAACGAACCUUCAUUUUAUACACAAUGCGCGUCGUCUACCAAUACAUACUAAAGUAAACGGACUUCUUGGAAUAUAUUGACUAAACAUUAUGAGAUUAACCUUAUACAUAUAUCAAAAAAAUAUUUUUACUUGACAUCGCAACACACAUUAAGUAUUGUCUAUGAAUUAACGCAAGAUGUAAUUUUCAGUCCGUUUUAUGUGUGACGUCAAGUCUUUGUAGACUACACAUGUAGUGAGUGAAUAAUUAUUUUGGGGUGAAAGUUAAAAUAAUUUAUUUACUUUUAAUUGUUUAUGGACAAUAUUUUGCAUACUAUUGUACGGUGUUUAUUGAUUAAAAAUUAAAACGGCGCUUAAGGAAUUGAUUACUCAUAUCAUUGUUAUAUGUAAAUUUAUCCAUCAUGCAUCUUAAGGGCAUAUACACAGGGCGUUUUUUUAAACGGACUAAUGACGCGCGUUUUUAAAUGCGCCUAUACUACAGCCCUACCCGAUUAUUAAACAGUGCGUAAAAAACUUCAAAAAUUUAGAGCCUCAGUAGUUUAACAGUAAGAGAUGUCAGACUCAUCACCGAUGUUCCGCGCGGGGCGGGGGGCGUGUAAUGAUGAUUGAAAAAGACUGACGCGACACGUCACUUCCCCGCACGCACGAUUUCACAGCCAGUCUUUUCCCCUGUCGCCCGCAUAUCAUGGGAGUGUUAUCAACUUGCCAGACUAUAGAUAUCUCUUUUGUUGCAAUGGAUGAUGGUUAAAUAGAGAAUGAUAUGUAGAAAAAUGAACUUAGCGUGAAUAUUAAGCGUCUUAAAAACGAUCAAACGUUUAUGUCAAAUAAUUUGAUAGUUUGCGGAUUUGUUUGAAGCGUUUGUCAAACAUUGCAUGAUGACAAACUCAAGUUUGACAAACUAAUUUGUCAAAUAUUUGAUCGUUUUUAAUGCGCUUUAGGCCUACAGGUCUUCAGACGGGCAAUGGUUUUUAUUGUUAUUGCAAUUUAAUGUGGAAUUGUAUAGCGGGCAAGCUGCAAGAAAUAGUUUCUUUAAAUGCAUUUCUAUUAACAUUUUUAUAUAACGAAGGUUAUUAUUAGUAUUUAUUUGUUUAUUGUAUUCUAGAGAAACACUGUUAUUAAAAAAUAUAUAUUUUAGGUUAUUUUGGACAUUUUCCUUUCUUUAAUAUGUAUGCAUUGUGGAGAGAAAUUAAAAAGUAUAUAAUAAUUAGUUAUAUAAAAAAAAAUGUUCUAU